AGAGCAAAAUUUUUUCCCACUCUCAUUAAACACAGCCACCUCAGAUUUUCAUUGUCGCCUCCUCCUCCUAUAUAUUUCCUCUCUCUCUCUCUCUCUGUCUCACACACACACACGCACACACAAAUCAAACAACAACAGUAAGAUAUGGGUGAAGAGAAGAAAGAGGAGGGAAACAAGGUGGCGGCGGCGGCGGAGGAGGAGAAGAAGAAAGAAGAAGUAAAAAAGGAGAAGAAGGAAGAAGAGAAGAAAGACGAUGAAGUGCCUCCACCUCCAGAGAUGGUGCUCAAGGUCGACAUGCAUUGCGAGGCCUGCGCCAGAAAAGUUGCUAGAGCUCUCAAAGGAUUUGAAGGAGUGGAGGAGGUAACGGCGGAGUAUAAGACGAGUAAAGUGGUGGUGAAAGGGAAGGAUGCGGACCCUGUAAAGGUGUGCCAAAGGAUUCAAAAGAAAAGUGGGCGAAAAGUGGAAAUCAUCUCACCCUUACCCAAGCCCCCACCCCACCAAAAUGAGCAGCAACAGAGCAAAGAGGAGCCCAAACAAGAAAACAAAGAGGAGCCUCCAGCCGUCGUAACAGUGGUGCUGAAAGUUCGAAUGCAUUGCGAUGCAUGUGCUCACGCACUGCAGAAGAGAAUCGGAAAAAUUCAAGGUGUGGAAUCAGUCACAACUGAUAUUGCAAACGACCAGGUAAUUGUGAAAGGUGUUCUUGAUCCGGAGAAGCUGGUGAGCGAUGUGUACAAGAGAACUGGUAAACAAGCAUCAAUAGUGAAGAAUGAAGAAAAGAAGGAAGAGGAGAAGAAAGACGAGAAACAGAACGACAAGAAAGAAGGAGAAGAAAGCAAGGAAGAAGACGACAAGAAAACGGACAUCAAGAAAGUCGAGUAUUGGCCUCCCAAGUACUACAUGGAGCACACUUACGCCCCUCAGAUGUUCAGUGAUGAGAACCCGAAUGCUUGCUCUGUUAUGUAACCAAAUCAUUUACUUUCCAGUUAUAGCUGGAAAGUCCAGUGUGCUAAUAUGAGUCAUAGUUAACCGUGGUGUCAUUUAGUGGAAGAGGGUUCGUGCCUUUGCGGCAAUUCUCAAAUAAUCUCUGCAAGUUGUUUUGCGAGAGAAAAUUGUGAUGUACAUAUUCAACGUCAAGAGAGUCUGAUGAACUUCUUCUUGUUGGUUUGUUCGUCAGUCGGACAUCUCAAUUGUAUUGUUUUCAGCCCGAACAUGGGCUUGUAUGAAUGAAUAACUAUGUUACUAUACGAGGAAGACUUCUAA